AUGAAUGUUUUUCAAGUGCUUUUAAUCACAUUUAUAGUCUCGGUUGAAGCUAAAUCUACGAGCCAAGCUGAUAACGCAGCUCAACCGAGGUCCUUAAAGUCGGAAAUGUAUGUGGAAAGUAGUGUAGCGAACGAUAAUAUUUGCAACAAUCAUGAAAAAAAUGUGGCAUUCGACGUUAUCUUGUUUGAAAAAAAGUCACAUAAUGAGUCAAAAAUAAGAAAAAAAAGGCAAGCGCCAUACGAUAACAGAAUUGAGUAUAAAAACCGACCGCGGUCUGAUCAAAAGAGUUUAGUGAUUGUGUUUGACGCUACUGGUUCUAUGCACGAUGAUCUUGAACAACUUCGUGCUGGUGCUAAACAGAUUGUCACUGAAUUAUCAGCACGUGAUGACAAUCCUAUUUUUAACUACAUCUUAGUCGUGUACAGAGAUCCGACUGUUGAGCCGGCUUUUCAAACAAAAAAUCCCGACGAUCUAUUGGCUAAGCUAAAACAAAUACAAACCAUUGGUGGUGGCGAUUGUGCCGAAUAUGCUUUGACUGGAUUGAAAGUUGCUUUGCAGUUGGCAUUACCAAACUCUCUGGCUUAUGUUUUCUCCGAUGCCACAGCUAAGGAUCUUGCAUAUUACGAAGAAGUCUUAGGGUUGAUACAGAAGAAGCAAGCGACAGUAAAUUUUCUCCUUACUGGUGAUUGCGAUGAUCCUGCUGGGCCUGGUUAUCAAGUUUAUGUCAAACUGAGUCGCGCGAGUAAUGGUCAAGUUUAUGACAUGAAUAAAAGUAAUGUGAAGGACGUUCUACUUGCGAUAAGACAUACUGUGAACUAUAAUUAUGCAGCCUUGACAUCUGUUGAUGCUGACUCAGCCGGCACGUCCAACACAAAGUUGAAUGUUGAUAAAAGUAUUUCUGAACUGAGCGUCAGUUUGUCUGGGAAAAAUCCUAGACUUACGAUAACAGACCCGAUGAAUGAAACAGUCAAAAGUGGUGAAGAACUUUCGUUGAUGAAUCUUAAGUUAGUGAAAAUCAAAGACCCAGUCGAUGGUUUAUGGAACGUUGAAACUGAAGCUGAAUCUUCUCAUUCAAUUCGUCUUGGUGGCAUCAGCGAUUUGAAAUUUGAUUUUGGUUUCAGCACAGAAGUGCCUGAAAAGAAAUCCGAGACAUCCUUCCAACCUCUUGCCAGUGUCCAAAAUAUUUUAUCAAUCUUCGUUAUUGAUCCAUCAUGUCACAAUCAUUCUCUUUCCAUCAAAUUCUCAUGA